AUGUGACGCAAAGAAGACGAACAAGACGCGUGUCGCAGUGAGUGUUCUGCGCAUGCUCGCGACGCACUCUCGUUCACUCACAAGCAGCAUCAUGGCGGACGUACUGGAUCUUCAUGAAGCGGGGGGUGAAGACUUUCCUAUGGACGAGGAUGGCGACGAGAGCAUUCACAAGUUAAAAGAGAAAGCCAAGAAGAGGAAGGGUCGUGGGUUUGGAUCAGAGGAAGGAGCGAGAUCCAGAGUCAGAGAGGACUAUGACACAGUAGAACAGGAUGGAGAUGAGCCUGGCCCUCAGAGAUCUGUUGAAGGAUGGAUUCUGUUUGUGACUGGUGUACAUGAGGAGGCGACAGAAGAGGAUGUCCAUGACAAGUUUGCAGAGUUUGGAGAAAUCAAGAACUUGCAUUUAAAUUUGGACAGAAGAACUGGUUACCUUAAGGGCUAUGCACUGGUGGAGUACGAGACUUACAAAGAAGCCCAGGCUGCGAUGGAAGGGCUGAAUGGACAAGAUCUUAUGGGGCAACCAAUCAGCGUUGACUGGUGCUUUGUAAGGGGACCGCCGAAGAGCAAGAGGAGGGGUGGAAGGAGGCGCAGCAGGAGCCCCGACAGACGGAGACGCUGAUUUUCCCCUUGUUUGCCUCCAGUGUCUGUUCCCCAGCCAGUUUGGCAUUAUACUUUUUAAGACAGUUUGGAGUCAGAUUGAAGUGUGUUUUUCUUUAAAUGAGGAUUUUAGUGGUUUUGGGGGGUGGUUUUUUUUUUUUUUUUUUUUUUUUGUCUUAAUUGUUAGUUGUUCAGCAACUGUCUGUAAGUCUUUGUUUUAUUAGAGGACAGAUUUUGCUGAAGAAUACAUGUUGAAGCUGUUGGUAUUUUCCUUUUUUUUUUUUUUUUUUUUUUUGUAAAAAGUGACUGUACACUUUAAAAUUUAUGUAGAUUGUCAUGUCAUUCUCUCAUUGAAACCUGUAAUGAGUAGUGAUUUGUAUAUUUCCAAUAAAUUAAUUUGGAUUAAAA